AUGAAGAUCUACUCAUGGAAUGUCAGGGGCUCGUCUGCCCCUGACAAAAGACGCUUGGCCAAAAGAGCUUUGACCAAUCUUAAUUUGGAUGUGAUAUUGCUUCAAGAAACUAAGUUGAACUCGGAUAAAGAUGUGGAUUUUAAGAAUUUAUGUUUUAAAUGGGAGGGAUUGUUUCAAGACGCUAGAGGAUCUACUGGAGGUCUUGGGAUUCUCUGGAACCCGGUCAACAUUGAGGUUUACCCUGUUGCUUCUUGUGAUUUUUGGAUGGCAUGUACUAUCAAGUGCAAAAAGUUGAAUCUCUGUUUUCCACUUUUCAACAUCUAUGGACCAAUCAAGACUGAGGAUAAGUUGCGAGUCUGGAAAGAGAUUACGCUUCAAGUUUACUUAUUAGAAUUGGGAAAGGUUAUUAUGGCUGGUGAUUUCAAUGCCAUUCUAAACUUCAAGGAUAAGGUUGGCUGUCUGAAAAAACCCACUAAAGUCAUGGAUGAUUUUUGGGAUUUUGUAUCCAACUGUAGGUUAGUUGACAUUGUUCCUAAAAAUGGCAAGUUCACUUGGAAUAAUAGGUGGCUAAAUUUCUCCAAUAUCACUGAAAGACUAGAUAGAUUCUUCGUUGGUGAAUGGUGGUUGCUGAACAAUCAUUCUCUUGAGUCUGUAAUUGAAUCUCAGAGUGGUUCGGACCACUUCCCUAUCACACUGUCCAUCGCUCAUGAGUCGCACGGUCCCAAAAAUUAUUAUAAAUUCCUAAACAUGUGGUGGCAAGAUCCAUCCCUGCUGGAUCUUCUCAGAGGUUGGUGGAUGGAGAGUAAUGUGUUCGCUGGUUCUCCAAGUUUCAAGUUUUCCAAGCGCAUACAAUUAAUGAAAUGUAAAUUAAAAGAGUGGAACAAAAACACUUUCAAAAAUAUCUUCUCAAAAAAUCUUAGAAUCGAAUCCAAACUAGAAGAAAUAAAUAAUCGAGUUAUAGCCAUGGGCAUGACCAACAAACAGUAUGAAGCGGGAUAA